AUGACACAAAUUAUGUUCAUUGUGUUAUGUGUCAAUGCUGUUGGUUAAUUUUUAAAAAUAUAAUUAGAAGUGAGACGAUUCCGUUCGAUUCCAGAUGAAAGCGUUAAAUACGUAAUAUUGAAACGAUUCUUUCUCAAAUAUAUUGUACAUGAUGCCUUGACAAAAGGAACUACACUCCUGAAUUCGCGGCGUUUAUUUAAUAAACGAGUUGACUUCCGUUUGACAAAGCUGGUCUAAACAAAAAGUGUCAAAUAUACCGUUUAACGAUGUCAGUCACAGAAACUACAGUUAUUUUUGCUAAACUGGAGGCGUUGAAAGAUAUCAAAACGAAGACCCUACAAUUGGAGAAAAUGAAACAAAGGAUAUUGCAAGAGGUAGAACAGACUGAACAAGAAGAAAAAUGUUUAUUAGAAUAUAAACAGGAAAUGGAUCUCCUUAUGCAAGAGAAAAUGGCACAUGUCGAAGAAUUACGACAAAUACAUGCAGAUAUUAAUGCGAUGGAAGCUGUUAUUAAACAAGCAGAGGAAGCUAGGAAUAAAGCAAGGGAAACUGCUAAGUUGAUUCAUAAUAACGAGUAUCAACCUUUAAAACAUGAUGUCGAUCGUAUGCGCAGAGAAUUUUUGGGUUUGGAGAGAUUACCAGAAUUAUAUGAAACAGAAUCUGAUCUUAUUUCGCCAGAUUAUUUUGAACGUCCCAUGCAAAAAGCAGAAUGGAGGGUAGAAGUACGAGGAGAUGAUUUAUUACCUCCGCUUACUUUACACCAUCCUGGUCAUCCAGGUGGUUCCACCCCUUUUCUUGCACCUCAACCUCUUCAGGGUCCAAGUAAGCCAGAACCAAGACCAUUACCACCAGCCCCGGGUCCACCAGCUCCAACAUUCAGGUACCACUGGCAACAACCACCACCUAUGAAAUCAUGUUUAUCGUGUCAUCAACAAAUUCAUAGAAACGCACCGAUAUGUCCUCUUUGUAAAGCUAAAUCCCGAUCGCGUAAUCCUAAAAAGCCAAAGAAAAAAGACUAAUUAUAAUUGUAAAUGUAAUUUAUAUGAAACGUGAAGCAAUUUUGCCGUUUAUUUCUAAGGACAUGUGUUAAUGGUUUUUUUAUAACUUAUAAUAGUACUACAAUAUACUAUAAGAACAUGCAUUCAUUCAAAAUGUAUGUAUUUAUAGUAAUUUGUUUCAUUUUAUAUAAAAAAUUUGAUUCUCAACCUGUAUUAAGAGUAACGUCAUAGGUGGAUAUGAUAGAUAAUAAUUCUAUAAUAGAUACAAAUACAAUUGAAUGUUUUACGAUUUUCAUAAUAAAAAUUGUAAAAUGUAAUAAUUAUUAUUUACACGAUCAAAGGACAAUUUGAUUACGAUUUUUUCCACUAAGUAAAUUUUUAUAUUAAUUUCUAUGAAAUGGAAUUAAAGCAAAUUUAAUUUCUACAAAUGUA